AUGCUGGAAUUUGGCUUGACUGCUAAUGAGCUGUGUUUCCCCAGAGACCUGGGUCUGCAGGGCAGUUCGCUCAAUGACGUUUUGUACAAGAACGCAGCUUUCCUCAACCUGGUGGACCCCAUUUCGCACGAGCUGCUGCUGGGACUGGCCCGCGACCUGCAGUGUCCGAAAAGGGAGAUGGACUCCUUGAAGUCGACCAACAAGAUCUGCCGCCAGCUAAUUUACCACCUGACGCCUCACUCCAAGUGGACGAGACCGAGUGUUCCCAGGAGGAAGUCUCAGGCCUGUCUGAAGACCACCCUGAAGAAGAAGCUGUCCGGUGACGUGGUCAACCUCUCCGGCGUCCCGCUCUCGGGCCGAGACGUCCACCGCCUGGCCUUCUACCUGCAGGGCGGCAGCGAGGCGGUGUCAGCGGUGGACCUGAGCUUCACCGGGCUGCAGGACGAGAGCCUGCGCCUGCUCCUGUCGCCCCUCGGCGGCCUCCCCGGACUGACCACGCUCGCCGUCAACGGUAACCGCCUCACCGUGGCCGUCCUGAAGGACCUGACGGAGGCCGUGAAAGACCCCAAGAAUUUCCCCAAGCUGGCGUGGAUCGACCUGGGCAACAACGUGGACAUCUUCACCGUGCCGCAGCCGCUGCUGGUGGCCCUGCGGCGCCGCUUCGGUUUACGCGGCAGCCUCCCCACCAUCUACGAGUAUAGCGGGGCAAAGACCUUCGACGGGUACGAGCCCGGCGUGUUCGAGGAGGAAGGAGACGAAGACGAUGACAGGCUUGAGGUCGGCGAAGCACGCGGCUUCAGGGAGGACACAAGGUGGAGAAGUGUUCAGGUGUCAUUCUGA